UGUGUCUCUUCCGCCUCCACCGUAGCCGAAGCUCCCAUCUCCCUUGCGUCACUUUUACUACUCGGGUUCUACUAUACCUAUAUCAAUAUGUUUACCGGUCUGGUCGAAACCAUCGGGACGGUCUCGUCGCUGGAGCCCCUCGACACCUCCGCCAGCGGGGGCGGGGGCACCUCGCUGACCAUCUCCAACUGCGAGGAGAUCCUGGGUGACGUCCAUCUGGGCGAUAGCAUCAGUGUGAAUGGAACCUGCCUCACAGUAACCGCCUUCGACACGGCCUCCAAGACCUGGUUCAAAGUCGGCGUCGCGCCCGAAACCCUCCGUCGCACCAACCUCGGCUCCCUGACGACCAACGCGCGCGUCAACCUCGAGCGCGCCGUGCAGGGCGAGACCCGCAUGGGCGGCCACUUCGUGCAGGGCCACGUCGACACCAUCGCGACGAUCGUGUCGGCCACGCCGGAUGCGAAUGCGCUUGUGCUGCGCCUGCGUCCGCGCGAGAUGGGCGUCAUGCGGUAUAUCGUCGAGAAGGGCUACGUGACGCUGGACGGGGCCAGUCUGACUGUGACGAAGGUGGUGGAUGGCGAGGAGGGGUACUUUGAGAUUAUGCUCAUUGCGUAUACGCAGGAGAAGAUUGUGACGGCGGGGAAGAAAGCUGGGGAGGAUGUUAAUGUUGAGAUUGAUAUCGUGGGUAAGUAUGUGGAGAAGAGUGUGGAGGGGUAUUUUGCUGGGACGGCGGGGGGUAACAUGAGUAUUUUGGAGAAGAUGGUGGAGCGGAUCGUGGAGCAGAAGCUGAAGAAGUGAUUCGGGGUUUAGCCGUUUUGUUUGAGUGAGCCUGGGUUUAUGAAUGAUGGGUAAAUAGUAAUGUGAGCUUUAGAAUAUAUCAUGUAGCAUAGCG